AUGGUCCACAACGAUAGCCUUGGUUUUCAGAGCGUUAUGAGUGAAUCAUUACUGCCGGAUGGUAUAUCCGACGCCAUCAAUGCCACUGUCGUCUUUCCUUCAGGAACUGUCGAAACAAGGCCGACCCAGUUGUGGGAAGUGAUCGUGGUGAUUUCAUGCCCUGUACUUUUUGUGCUGUUCCUCUGCUGCUGUGUCGUUUGUAUGAUCAUCAAGAAUUAUGACCGACCGAUCGCCUCCAGUCAAUCACCGCCACCGCUUUACUCGGACAUCGAGAAAGGAGUAAUAUUCGAUCCUCUCCGCUCUUUAUCCAGUACUGCUCCGUCAUCACCAACAAGCCCUGACGCACCGCCACUGACGAUUCAGUACCUUUAUCCACCUCGCUAUGAGCCGCCAGCCGUUCACAACUCCCACUCUUCAACCUGCACGGACUCUGAACGUUCUACUACAGCAGUCUCGCAUUCCAGUGACUCCAAUCGCUCAUCCUCAGUUUCUGAUCGACCAUCGGUCACAGUAGUUCUUAUGAAUGGUUCGUUGUGA